UGCCCUCAUCCAGCUUGCAGUCGUGACAUGCUAAGUGUCCUAAGAGGUGGAAUAUUAUCUUCCCCAGCCUGCUCAUUUACAUUGCAGAUCCAUGGCUCCUAGAUCAUUUGCUUACGGUGCUUGAGGCAUGAAUAAAAGACUGGGGUUUGCAUGAUGUGACGACCCAAAAGAUACAGACUGAGCAUUGGUACAUUGCAUAUCAGUGCAGGAUGUCUAUGCUAACUCCCAUUCUUGCUCCCGUGGAGGUCAAACCCUACUUGUCCAAAGGAGAACGUUUCAUCAAAUGGGAUGAUGAAACUUCAGUUGCAUCUCCUGUUAUACUACGUGUCGAUCCGAAGGGCUAUUACUUGUACUGGACUUUCCAAAGCAAGGAAAUGGAAUUUCUGGAACUUACGAGCAUCAGAGACACCAGAUUUGGGAAAUUUGCCAAAUCUCCAAAGAGCCAGAAACUCCGAGAGGUCUUUAACUUGGACUUUCCAGAGAACAACUUCCUUGCCAAAGCCUUGACUAUUGUAUCUGGACCUGACAUGGUGGACCUGACCUUCCAUAAUUUUGUGUCCUACAAGGAAAAUGUUGGCAAGGCCUGGGCAGCGGAUAUUCUGUCAAUUGUCACAAACCCUCUGGUGUCCAACGCAUGCCGGUACUGCUUCUAUGAGAAGAUACACGUGAAGCUGCAGCUACAACUGAAUUCCGAGGGGAAGAUUCCUGUGCGCAAUUUUUACCAGAUGUUUCCUGCCGACAGAAAGAGAGUGGAACAAGCGUUAAUCUCUUGCCACCUAUCAAAGGGCAAAAAUGACGCAAUCAACCCAGAGGAUUUCCCUGAAUCCGUCUUCAGAACGUUUCUCAUGCAACUCUGCCCUCGGCCUGAAAUUGAUGAGAUCUUUACCUCUUAUCACUCCAAGGCCAAACCCUACAUGACCAAGGAACAUCUCACCAAAUUUAUCAACAACAAGCAGAGGGAUUCUCGCCUAAACGAGCUGCUUUUUCCUCCUGCGAAGAUAGAGCAAGUACAAGGGCUUAUAGAGAAAUAUGAACCCAGCGUUAUUAAUGUACAGAGAGGACAGCUGUCUCCAGAAGGAAUGGUCUGGUUCCUCUGUGGGUCUGAGAACAGCAUUACGUCUCUAGAUAAAAUUCCCAUCUACCAAAACAUGAGGCAGCCCGUCUCUCACUACUUCAUCAACUCCUCGCACAACACGUACCUCACAGCUGGUCAGUUUUCUGGAGUUUCGUCACCGGAAAUGUACAGACAGACGCUGCUUUCUGGCUGCCGUUGUGUUGAGCUUGACUGCUGGAAGGGGAAACCACCAGACGAAGAGCCAAUCAUUACCCAUGGCUUCACAAUGACCACUGAGAUCCUUUUUAAGGAUGUCAUUGAAGCCAUUGCAGAAUCUGCUUUCAAAACGUCUCCGUAUCCAUUGAUUCUGUCUUUUGAGAACCAUGUGGAUUCCCCAAAGCAACAAGCAAAAAUGGCAGAAUAUUGCCGAUCCAUUUUUGGAGAUAUGCUGCUGACAGAACCUCUGGAGAAGUAUCCGUUAAAACCAGGAAGCCCAUUGCCAAGUCCUCAGGAGCUGCUGGGAAAGAUCCUGAUAAAGAAUAAAAAGAAUCAGUCCUUUGCAAACACCGACAAAAAAGCAAACGUUUGCGAUUCCUUCUCUACAGAGCGGACUAAUUCCCUUUCCAGUGAAAAUUCCGAUGAGGGGCCAGAAGAGGGGAAAGAGGCAGAAAAUGAGGAAAUGACAGAAAACACAGAUGAAGAAGAGAUGAAGCAGAUACAGUCAGAUGAGGGUACUGCAAGUCAGGAGGCCACAGCUUAUGAGGAGAUGUCAAGUUUGGUCAACUACAUUCAGCCAAUCAAAUUCGACUCCUUUGAAGUCUCAGCACAGAAGAACCAAAGUUAUGUUGUCUCUUCAUUCGUGGAGACCAAAGCCUAUGAGUUACUGACCAAGUUCCCAGUACAGUUUGUUGAAUAUAACAAGAGGCAGAUGAGCCGUAUUUAUCCCAAAGGCACCAGGAUGGACUCGUCAAAUUAUAUGCCCCAGAUGUUCUGGAAUGCCGGCUGUCAGAUGGUGGCACUCAACUUCCAAACCAUGGACAUACCUAUGCAGCAGAACAUGGCGCUGUUUGAGUUUAAUGGCCGCAGCGGUUACCUUCUGAAACACGAGUUUAUGCGUCGGGUUGAUAAACAGUUUGAUCCAUUUACAGUUGAUCGGAUUGAUGUAGUGGUGGCCAAUACAGUUUCAAUAACAAUCCUUUCAGGACAAUUCCUCUGUGAAAAAUGUGUGAAGACCUAUGUAGAAGUAGAGUUGUUUGGGCUGCCUGGAGACCCUAAGCGUAAAUACAAAACCAAAUUAACAUCUGUACCAAACACCAUUAACCCAGUGUGGAAAGAGGAGCUGUUUGUGUUUGAAAAGAUUCUAAUGCCAGAGUUGGCUUCCCUUAGAGUUGCAGUAUUUGAAGAAGGAGGGAAGUUUAUUGGCCAUCGAAUCAUUCCUAUUGAUAUCAUCAGAUCAGGAUACCAUCAUAUUUGCCUUCGCAGUGAGAGUAACAUGCCUCUUACCAUGCCUUCUCUCUUUGUGUAUGUGGAAGUAAAAGACUAUGUACCAGAUGUCUGGGCAGAUCUCAGUCAUGCUCUGACUAAUCCCAUCAAACAUUCCAAAGCCAAUGAAUGCAAGCCAAUUAAAGUAAAAUGUGGGACAACAACAUCUUCUGAUGAGAUCUCCAGCACUUCCCAGCUCAAUGGUAUCCCUGGGCCCUGUAAAUCCUUGAACAAUUCUGGGCAAAAUGGACCAGCAGGCUUGCCCAGCAGUGGGGUACAGGAGGCUGCAAAAGAAAUUACAGAGCUACAAACUGCCAAUGAGGAGGAGUUGCAGAAACAGAAGGGAUUCCUAAAGCUUCAGAAGAAGCAAGAGAAGGAGCUGAAGGAGCUGGAGCGCAGGGCUCUGAAGAGAAGAGAGGAGAUUAUACAGAAAUAUACCAGUGUCUUCUCUGACCUCUACACCCAGGCUAACAAAAGGAAAAACAGCUUACGUAAAGGGCAGAAAAAGAAGAGUAUACCUGAUGAGGAUUAUGGCGCAGUGUGGGGAGCUGGAGAAAUACCUGGCAAGGGGGACCCCCAAGUUCUAGAGAUGAAGAAGAAGAUGGAAGAGGAACUGACAUGUCUUGGGGAGGAGCAGUAUGAGACUAUUCUAAGGAAAAAAGAGCAGCAUUCUAAUGAGCAAAUCUCCAAGCUGAUUGAGCUGGCACAAGAGAUGCAAGUGGUGGAGCUAAAAGCCCUCAAGGAAUCUGCAGAAAGUGAUACUAAACAGAUGAAGAAGAAGUUGGAGAUGAAGAGGCUGGACAGGCUGGAGUGUGUGAGCAAAAAUACCAUGGAAAAAGCUUCCCAGGACAGGUUAAAAAAAGAGAUAAAUAACUCCCAUAUCCAAGAAGUGGUGCAGGUUCUACAACUGGUAUCUGAUAAAUGGGCUAAAAACCAACAAACGUUAGAGAAAAAUCAAACUGAAGGUCUGCAAAAGAUCAAGGAAAGGGAAGAUCAGGUUCAAAAGGAAUUACAGGAAGAAUACAUAGGAAAAAUAAAUUUGUUGGCCGCUGAAGUGCGAGACUUGGUGUAUAACGCGAUGGUGAACUUUUUCCCUACUGAAGCCAAAAGUCUUAAAAAGGAGCCUAAAAGUUCUGCAGUGGAGAAAUGGGAGGCUCUCAUAGCUAAAGUGAGCAAUGUAGAGACCUUUGUGUCCAGUCUAACAGGAAACAAGACAAAUGAUCUAAAAGAUGAAAAAUUAUCUGCAAUGGGGAUUGUAUGGGACGGGACAGCUGCUUCAGAUCCAGCGCGAACUGAAACUUCCACACCAGACUUGGCACUAAGUGAAACACAGAACUUGUUGCAAAAAUCUUCCAUAAAUACAGAUAAAGCAGCAACCCUAGAGGAAUGUUCUCCAUGUAGCGAGGACAGCAAAGAAGAAGAACCUGCAGAGAUGGUGUCUAUACAUUGACUGUUGGUUGAAUCGAAAACCAAAAAAUACUCUAACACUUUGGGAUGUGGCUGGACAAGUAAAAUCCAGGUAACUGGCACAGAUAUUGUGCAGGCUGGAAUCAUUCAGCAGAAGAUAGAUUCUAAGCAUGAGGACAAUUAGCCUGUGAGUCAUGUAGAAAAAUUUAGAUGGAGUCUGUUUUCAUUUAAUUAUUUUGUAAACUCAGAGGUGUCUUAUGACACCAUGGGUAGUCCUGUGCGUCAUUUUUCUAAACAUUUUAUAGCACGGACAUCAAACUGGUGUAAAUUACAACAAUCCCAUACUGGAAAGUGGUGCUGACAAACUGCUAUAGGGUAGAAUGUGGUCAUCGAUGAACUAUAGCUUAGAGGAAAGUUUCAUAGUCUUUCAUCCUGAGGAGUUAAAAGCAAUCUAGAGUGAGAUUGGGGUCAAUAAUAUCCAAGAUAGUCUUGUAAAUAUAACAAGAGUGACUGUUAUGACAUCAUACUUGCAGGGCCUGAUCAAGUGUUGCAUUAUAACAAUGGACCAGAAAAAAACACUGGUCUAAAUGUUAUGUAUCAAUGACUAUGGGUGGGUAAACGUUCUCAAAAUAUGUACUAAACUAUAAGCUUUUCUGCAUGAAAAUACAUAAGCCUUUUUGAAGUAGGUCUGAUGUUCACAGAGAAGUGCUGCUUUCUGGUCAUUCAUUAUUAAUUGUAAGAGGAAAUGAGGAUUAUACUGACCUCCACAAUAUGUUGGUGUCUCUCAUGUGCGUUUGGGUAUCAGGUAUUCUCUUUGAAAAACAUUGUAGAAUGUGGUCUAUACAGGAUUUUAAUGAAUACAUGACGAUAUUUCCAAAGCCAUGCACUUUCCCUUGCUCUAGUACUUUGACCCUCAUCUCAUCUCCUGCUCUUCGCUUUUAAAAACUCUUGCAUCUCUCUUCUCUUCUUGAAACUUAGAGCUGUCUUGUCUUCUCUUUCCAUUAGGGAUGCACCGGUUUGGGAUUCACCAUGGGUUCGGGGAUUCGCCCCCCAAAUAGUGGAUUCAGUGCAUCCCUACUUUCCAUAGCUAACAGAUGUCUCCUAUUGCCCCUAGCUACCAGUUAUCUUCUCUCACUCCUCAUAAUCAGCUGCCUUCUCUCACCCUAGUUCCCAGGUCUAGUAUCUAACCCACUGGACCACAUUUCUUACCCAUGUUCCUCAUUUCUUCUCUUGCUUUCACUUCAGACUUCUUCUCUUACCCUACCUUGGUUCAUUUCUCUUUCCCCCAACUCUUGCCCACAUUCUCAACAGUCUUUGGCUGAUCAAGUUACCAUGUCUCUUUAAUCUAGGUCUCCUUCAUCUUAUCUUGAACAAGCUUCCAACUCUAAUCUCUUUACUCACUCCUCAACUUUCAGUUCUUACUCCAGCUCAUUUUUCUUACCACUGCUUUCCUUUUCUUGUGCAAAGACUUGGCUCCCACCCCUUCCUCCUUUCCUACCUUCCCCAGGUUCCCAACUCUGCAAUCCAAUCUCUCAACUCUCUCCAGAAUUAAUCUUUCUCAGUAUGGUAAGAGACACAAAUAUCCACCAAACCAUAUAUGCUGUACUCAUGAAAUCAGAGUAGUUCCCACAUUUACAAAUUGGAGGUUUAGAGUAUGCCAUGUUGGUAAGCUAAAUUUGGGUUAAAAAGACCAAAGUCCAUCAGUGCACAGAGUUACAUAGUUGUGCAUAAGAUGAUGCAUAAUCUCUCUAAGGAGCUGAAGGAUGUUAUUUAUAUAUAUAAAAGUAUACAGUGAUACAAAUGAGGGACUAUAUAAACCUGCCAUAUGCCUACUACCUGGUGUAUUGGUACAUUAAAUGCCCUAUAGAUAAAAAAAACCAAUAACAUGAUAUAUUUAAAAGCUUAGAAUUGCUGAUCCAAUGGUCAGUAUAAAGAAACAACAUGGCUGCUCCAACUCAGAUGGAAAAUAAAAACACACAAAGAAGAAUGUUCAUUGCAAAGCUCUAUAGCAACAAGAGCAAAUGAUUUCAGUCUUAUCAAAAAAAAGGUGGAACUUGAUGGACGUGUCUUUAUUUUUUUAUCCUCAACUGCUAUUUGCCACGAGGCAGGAGCCACAGCGCCAAGAGAACUGUACUGAUGAAUAUUGUACCUCUGCCUGUUUUAUUUACAAGUUCUAUUUAUUUUUAUAUGACGUUUUAUUUCCUAUUAGUUUUACAGGGGUGGCAAGUGUUUGGUUUCUGAAGCAAAUCGUAAAUAGUUUUGCUGUUUUUGUUGUAAAACUGGUGUAUAGGAUAAACAAUAUGGGUGUUAGAAAACCAAUGGUUAUAAUAAAUCAAUUUUUUUCUGAUUAAA